CACCCUUCGUAUCCGACAUUCUUCCUUGGCUAAUUUAAAGCGUUUGUCCAUUGUUCAGUCAAUGAUCACGUGUGUUGUCACGUGUAUUGAUAUGUAGUAGUUGGUGGUGGCAGUAAGAAUGCAUGCUUUGUGACUUGACUUGAAACUUUGAGAGUUGAGCGAAGCGGCUAUCGAAAAUGGAGACCCGAGCUCUGGAAGCCGAGGGGCGCAUCUCGUCGUCGAGAACCAAGGAAGAUGCCCUUGCCAAUGCUAUCUCGGCGGCAGAGUGCUAUAUGAAAGCUAUAAAGUUGGCAAAUAACAGCUCUGAAAGAGCGCGGCUGAAAGAGAAGGGCAUGAAUAUCUUAGCGAGGGCAGAAGAGAUCGAGAAAAUAGAGCAAUGGCAACCAGCAAUAAGCCACACUGGCGCUGUGAUAACGCCCAGCGAAAUAUCCGGAAUGCCACAAUCCCGCCGACAGUUAUCAACGCGGGAAGAAGUUAUAUUACUAGAGGGUUCAAAGUUGCAUGGGCUGAUUUUCCCUCCUUGGAGAUCAGAAUUUGACGGGCAGGAGUUUGCUGCCUCAAACGGGGAAGUUUAUACAGACCCGUCAAAAAUCAAUAUAUCAAAUACUCAUGCUGAUGCCCCAGGGGACUGGCGGAGACCUGAGGAUCUGUUAGGGGACGAACUUCAGGAUGCUUCUGGCAUUCGGGUGCAGCCUACAAUGCAAGCAGCAGCUGAUAUUGACCUUGUGCAAGAUGUAACGGCAGACUGCUCCGUUGUUGCCAGCCUUUGUGCUGCUGUAGCUCGGCCUGGUGGCACAUAUGGAAAGCUAUUGGAGCGCAUAUUCUACCCGUACGACAAAGCUCACGGGAUUCCUGAAAUGUCAAAGAACGGCAAGUAUAUAUUUCGCUUGCAUUUCAACGGAUGCUUCCGCAAGGUUGUCAUCGAUGAUCGUCUCCCCGCACCAAGGAACUCGCGCCGAUUAUACGUCUUUGACCGCCAAAAUCCAGGGCUACUGUGGCCAGCACUUUUGGAAAAGGCAUAUUUGAAAGUGAGAGGGGGCUAUGACUUUCCUGGGAGUAAUUCAGGCACAGAUCUAUGGGUAAUUACAAGUUGGAUCCCGGAACAGAUAUUUUUGCAAAGUGACGAGCUGCAGCCAAACGACCUUUGGAGUCGUAUCUUGAACGCAUUCGCAUUAGGAGAUGUAAUGGUCACUCUUGGUACCGGCCGCUUGAAUAACAAUGAAGAGGAGGCGCUUGGUCUCGCGGGUGAACAUGAUUAUGCGGUGCUGGAUAUCAAGGAAAAGGGAGCCGAGAAGCUUUUCUUACUCAAAAAUCCAUGGUGCGAUGCAAUGGUUUGGAAAGGAGCGGAGGAUCAGAAGACAUCUGAGGCUGACCAUGAGGCCUCUGGAUCUGGAAAUGCUGUUCCAAAAGCAUCCACAAAUCCCGGCACAUUCUGGAUGAGCUACCCAGAGGUGAUGCGAAACUUUGACUCCCUCUACCUCAACUGGAACCCCGGACUCUUCACCCACCGACAAGACCACCACUUCAACUGGGCCAUCCCCAGCGCCUCCUGCCCCGGCUGCUUCAUCCACAACCCCCAAUACUCCGUCCACUCCUCCGCUGGCGGCACAGUCUGGAUCCUCCUAAGCCGGCACUUCACAACCGCCGAGCACAACUACCGCGCCAGCUCCGUCCUCCCCUCCUCCACCGCCUCCGCGUCCAACUCCCACGGCUUCAUAAGUCUCUACAUCUUCGACUCCGGCGGCCACCGCAUCCACCUAAGCGACAACCCCCUCUCCCGCGGCCCCUACGUCGACUCCCCGCAGACCCUCUCCAAACUCCUCCUCCCCCCCAAUACCCCCUACACAAUCGUCAUCGCACACCAAGACCUCCCCCUCCCCAAAUACACAUUCACCCUCUCCGCCUACUCCGCCUCCUCCCUCACCCUCCUCCCCGCCCCCAACGCCCACCCCCACAUCACCACCACCGCCGGCACCUGGACGUCCAAAACCGCAGGCGGCAACGCAAGUUCCCCCACCUACGCCUCAAAUCCGCAAUUCAAACUCCACCUCCCCACCACCCCCACCUACCUCUCCCUCGUCCUCGCCGCCUCGCCCCCCGACCUCGCUAUACACGUAAAAUUAGUCUGGGGCCGCGGCCAGCGCGUCACAUCCGUGACAUCGCAGGAUAUCGUUGGGGAAUCGGGGUCCUAUCGGCGAGGCUGCGCGUUAGCGAACUUGACGAAUGUGGCAGCGGGGGAUUAUACUAUCGUUUGCUCGACUUUUGAGUCUGGGCAGACGGGGAAGUUUACGUUGCGCAUUGAGUCGACGACGGAGUGUGUGGUGACACCCGUUGAAAACGAGGACGCGGGACGACUAACACUCCGCCUCCCACCGCUAUACUUCCACGAAGGCGCAACGCGCAUGCUCGCCCCCCUCAGCCUGGCACGUAUCACCCGCCUGCGAAUAGUAGCGCAGCACGCCUGCCCCGCCGCGCAGCGGGGUGCGAUUUCUCCCCUGAAAGUGUCGGUGGAGAGAGGGCAGGGGCCGAAUAAGAGUGUGCUUGCGACGUCGGGGGGAGGGGGGUUUAGUGAUGCGCCGGCGGGGGUUAGGGUGGGUGAUAUUGAUCUCACGCCGGGGUUGGCGGAACCGGGGGGGUUGUGGGUUGUGGUGGAACGGGUGGGGGGUGGGAGGGGGAGGAGGUGGAGGUGGUGGUUUUGA